CCCACAUCCAACUCGUCAGAAUUACUACCAAAUCAAUUUCUCCCAAAAUUUCAAACCUCACACCUCUCUACCGCACACAGCCAACUUCUUGCGCGACGAAAUCAACCGAACCUCCAUACACCUUCCACCGACAAAAACAAAUCCAAUACCGCAAAAAUGACUGGCGGUGUUUCCGUUCGCGAUGUUGAUGCGCAAAAGUUCAUCAACGCGUAUGCCGGCUUCUUGAAGCGACAGGGCAAGCUGCCCAUUCCCGGUUGGGUUGAUACCGUCAAGACCGGCCCUUCGCGCGAACUCCCCCCUCAGAACAUUGACUGGUUCUACGUCCGUGCCGCCAGUGUCGCCCGCCACGUCUACCUACGCAAGACCGUCGGUGUUGGCCGUCUCCGCAAGGUUCACGGUACCGCCAAGAACCGGGGUACUCGCCCCUCCAAGCACGUCGACGGCUCCGGUGCUGUCGACCGCCGAAUCCUCCAGGCUCUGGAGAAGAUCGGUGUCCUCGAGCAGGACGAGGAGACCGGUGGCCGCCGCAUCACCCAGUCCGGCCAGCGAGAUCUGGACCGAAUUGCCCAGACCACCGCUGAGGCUGACGAGGAGGAAGAUGAGGAAUAAAUGAUGAUACCAUGCGGGAAUGAUUCUACUAUGGUCUAGGUAGCAUAGGUCUCUGGGCACGGCGUCUGAAAAUGGCUGGCUGAAUGAAUUGAUUGGCGAAUUUUGCAUUCGCAUUUCCCCAUGACAAAUCAGAGUUUAACUUAAGUGACUAUCUAUCUGGGCUAUCGUUUCGGGCGCUACAUACCUACCUGGGUGUGGAUGUGGGUGGGUGUGUGUGUAGAUAAUGCCGCAACAUGAAGGCUCAAGCACAUCCAUAUCAAUAUGUCCAUACACAUA